CGUUUGUGACUCAUCCUUCCAGUGCAAAUGAGGACUGGUUAUCCAGUGUACGACGCAUCCGACUCCUCUGCGUGCAGGAAAGACGAAACGAUGGGACAAGGGUACUUUGGCAGCCGCCCGAAGCGCAGGGAUCGCCAGCAAAAGCUGCUUAUGGGUCCCGCCAAGAACAUCAGGGAGCUGACCGAACGCACCCUCGACCUCUACUGGGCCAGCCGAACAGGCAACCACAAGCUCGUGGCAAGCCUGCUGCGGCGUGGCGCCGACCCGACGGUUUGCCAUCCGGACAGCGGCGAGGGCCCGCUGCACGUUGCCGCCUGCCACGGACACUUCAAGGUGGUGCAGGAGCUGCUGGAGAACGGCUGCGGGCCGAACGUGCGGACGGCGUUCCCGGCCGACGAGACGGCCCUGCAUGUAUUAGUGCGCAACUGCAGCGCCGCCAAGAUUACGUGGACAAGGGCCCGCGAGGUCAAGUGCCUGCGCGAGGUGCUGGCGGCGCCAGGCCUCGACGUAGACGCUUGCGACGGCGCCGGCCUUACUGCGGUCCACUUGGCCGCCAGAUUUGGCCUCUGGGACUUUGUCGACCUUGUGCUGACGAGGAAUCCAAACCUGGACCUGCGCAUCGACGGAGAAACCGCCAGGGAGAUCAUCUUCAGGGACAGCGGGCGUCAGUGGAACAACCUGCCGACGCGCAGGUCAGAGAGCCAGGUCGUUAGUACUCUCCAGAUUUUGCUCGCCUGCCUCAGGGACCGCAGGGAGGACGAGUUUCUGCAGAUGAUGGAAUCUGUCGACGACGGCGAAGUAUCCAAGGUGGAGAUGCAAAAUUGCUUGAAAAUGGCCUGCAGUUACGGCUGUCUCAGGGCCGUCCAACUCCUCCUGCACCGCGGCGCCGAUCCCAACGACUUUGCCUACGAGCCUCCAGUCGUCAUGGCGGCAAAACUCGGUCAUGCAGACGUGCUGCAGACUCUACUCGAGACCGGAACUGUUGUCCUCAACAGAUGCGAUCACCCUUUGUGGCAGAGGAGUCCGCUCCAUUUAGCCGUGCUUUCAGCUUGCUCGAGCAGCGCACCCAGCAAAUACCUGAGGUGCAUCGCUUUGCUUCUGGAGAGUAGGCACGGACUGGACUUGGACAACGUUGACUUCCGCGGCAACACAGCGCUGCACUACGCGGCCAAGAGCCCGCAACGCGACCUGACGCGCCUCUUGCUGCGUGCUGGAUGCGACGUGUUCGUUUGCAACCAACAUAACGAGCCUGGCUUUCUGCACGUGGGCGUCGACGAGCUGCGGGCCCACUUGGACGGAUUCGUGAGCCAAAAAGGCCUGGCUGCCAGGAACCACAGUCUGGAGCUCUAUUACCAGUUUUUACGGAGUAAAAGACUCACGGGCGGCGAAAUGCAGCCGAUGCUGCUGCUGGGAAGAUCAAAGGCGCACAGACCGCUGCUCAGCCACCCACUGCUCACGUCCUUCCUGCAUCUCAAGUGGCAGAGACUGAAGCCCUUCUUUUAUUGCAAGUUUUUUGCUUAUUUUCUGUUCGCAACAGCACUUUCUGUCUACAUUUAUCACGUCGUUCAGGCCACCGCGCUGCAGAGUACACAGUACGUCAGAUGGAUCAGUGUCGGACUAUUAGGUGUUUUUGUCUUUGGUGAAGUGUUGGAGGCUUGCGUCUCUAUAAAAAGAUACUUGAACAAUUUUGAAAACGUGCUGAAGCUGGUGCUGAUUGUUCUGUCAGUGGUGUUGCUAACAGCCGGCGAAAUCAUUGAGCCGUGGCCACGUCGGUACGUGGCUACGGCCACCGUCAUUUGCGCCUAUGUCGAGUUGGCCCUUUUGAUUGGCACGCACCCGCGAUUCGCCACUUACAUCGACAUGUACCUCCGAGUGUCUCGCAACUUUGCGGGUCUUUUCUUCCUCUUCAGCUUCCUCAUCUUCGCAUUUGCUUUUUCUUUUUUCGUCCUCUAUCAAGAUGACGCAGACAACACGUUUUUCUCAACUCUCGGCGGGUCCGUUUUCAAAACAGUUAUCAUGUUAACUGGAGAGAUGGAGGCUGACAACCUGAACACCAACCUUUUGGGCUAUCUUCUUUUCCUGGCCUUUGUACUUUUUGUGCCGAUCUGCCUGGUGAACCUGGUGACAGGCCUUGCGGUCAGUGACAUUGCCGCCAUCAGACAAGAGGCCGAAGUGGGCCUGAUUGCGGCCAAGGUUGAACUCUACGCCGACAUCGAGUCCCUUCUGCUGGGCUCGGCCCUUCAAGCUCUGCCCAGGUGCUGCUGUAGUUUUGUGGACCGCAAGAUUCGCUUGCUCGGCAAUUUUCUGGUGGACAACAAGCUCGUCUGGUAUUUGGACUUUGACAACAAGAUGGAACCAGACUCGAGCCAGGUCAGCUGGUUUUCUAAGUUUGUGCCGGAAUCGUUGAAAAAGUUCCGCAGGAUCGAGUGGUUAGCCAUAGUGGAGGAAGCUCUGAAAAUUUCGUCGGCACCUCCUGUCGACCAACAGGCGUCCACCAUCGCUUCUUUGGAGGCAAAGAUUGAGCAAAUGCAGUUGCAGGUUGCUGAACUAGUCAGCAUAAUUAAGAAAUCGGAAAAUGCAAAGCAUGUUUAAUGUGCAAAUUUAAAAAAAAUGAACACUUCCUAUAGCCGGUCUUUAAUUUCAAUUGGACUCGUAAAAAACUUUGGUAGCGACAAUUUUGCUCUAUUUCAAUAAUUCCAUUUUAAAAGGUCCUAUGAAAAAUCACUGAAACCGAAUUCACAAAAAUUAUACUGUGAAAUAGAGAUAUUAUAGA